GGCGGGCGGGGGGCGGAGGCAGCGAGGAGCAGAGCUGGCUGGGCAAAGCGCCGCAGACGCCAACAGCAGCAGGGCACUAUUUUUGUACGUGUCUUAUGGAAGCUGCACUUGGAAAUGCUGACAGCAGGCUUUAGGACACCUGAGCCCCGCUAGACAUAAGGAACCCAUGGCCCUGGUGGCACCUUUCAACAUGACAGAUCCACAGCCUGCCAUUGAAGGAGGAAUUUCCGAAGUCGAGAUCAUCUCCCAACAAGUAGAAGAAGAAACCAAGAGCCUUGCUCCUGUGCAGCUGGUGAACUUUGCCUAUCGGGACUUGCCCCUGGCUGCCGUCGACCUGUCCAUGGCGGGCUCGCAGCUCCUGUCAAAUCUGGAUGAGGAGUACCAAACAGAAGGGUCUAACUGGCUGAAGCCAUGCUGUGGGAAGAGAGCAGCCAUGUGGCAGGUAUUUUUGCUCAGUGCAAGUCUCAACAGUUUCCUGGUAGCCUGUGUAAUAUUGGUGGUGAUUCUCCUGACUCUGGAACUUCUAAUAGAUAUAAAGCUUCUCCAGUUUUCCAGUGCAUUGCAGUUUGCCGGCAUCAUUCACUGGAUCAGCCUGGUCAUCCUCUCGGUGUUCUUCUCAGAGACCGUCCUGCGGAUUGUGGUGCUGGGCAUCUGGGACUACAUAGAAAACAAAAUAGAGGUGUUUGACGGGGCCGUGAUCAUCCUGUCCUUGGCCCCGAUGGUGGCAUCCACUGUGGCCAAUGGACCCAGGAGCCCCUGGGAUGCCAUCAGCCUCAUCAUCAUGCUCCGGAUCUGGCGGGUGAAGAGGGUCAUUGAUGCAUACGUCCUGCCCGUGAAAGUGGAGAUGGAGAUGGUCAUCCAGCAGUACGAGAAGGCCAAGGUCAUGCAGGACGAGCAGCUGGAGAGGCUGACGCAGAUCUGCCAGGAGCAGGGGUUUGAGAUCCGGCAGCUGCGCGCCCACCUGGCUCAGCAAGACCUGGACCUGGCCGCAGAGCGGGAGGCAGCCCUGCAGGACCCGCACGUGCUCAGCCAUCCUCGAAGCCGCUUCAAGGUGGUGGAGGCUGGCGCGUGGGAUGAGGAGACUGCGGCUGAGAGUGUCGUGGAGGAGCUGCAGCCCUCACAAGAUGCAGCUGUGAAUGAUGACAUGAACAGCUAUAUCAGCCAGUACUACAAUGGGCCCAGCAGCGACAGCGGGGUCCCAGAGCCAGCGGUGUGCGUAGUCACCACAGCUGCCAUAGACAUCCACCAGACCAAUGUCUCCUCAGACCUCUUCUCGAUAGACACACCUCUGAAGCUCGGUGGCAACAGCACGGGCGCCAAUGCCACCUCAGAGAGCGCCUCCCGCUCUGCCCAAAGCUCAGCGACCCAGGCCCAGAGCAACAGCAGCCAGACACUGGGCUCCUCCACGGACUGCAGUGUGGCCCGGGAGGGGCCAUCCUCAGAGGCCACGCCAGUGGCCCUUCCACCGCUGCCACCCCAGCAGCUAACAGCCCAGGACCUGCUGUCCUCCGUGUCUGAGAACCCCUACCCUCCCCAGAGGGCCUUGGACCCAGCGCCCCUCACACAGCCCACUCCGCAGGGCUCAGCCCACACCAGCCCUGAGCUGGAGCGGAGGGUCUGUCUGUUCAACAGGAAGAACCAGGAGGGCUUCACUGUGGUGCAGAUCCAGCCUGUCCUACACUUCCCACCCACUGGCCCGGUGCUGGAGGAGAAGCUCAGGUCUCUGGAAUCUAAAGAGCAGCCGCUGCACAGGGUCCCAGAGGCCUAAGCCUGCAGGGAAGAGGGACACAGCCAUCUUGAACCUUGCCCGGAACCCAGGCCACCGAGGGCCACACAUGAGGCAGGGAUCCUGCCUGGCCUCCUUCAGGGUGCUGUGGUCUCCAGGGAGGUGACCCAGGCCAGGAGGUCACCGGCCUCAGACCUCAGGGCCCAGAGCCGCGCCUCCUCUUGGGAGGGUGGUGCUCCUGGCCGGGUUUUAGCCGUUUCUACAAAGCCAGUGGGCGGCCCAGCCUCCGCAGGGCAGAGUGCGGGCCAGCUCAGCCUCUUCCGUGGCCUUUGUCCUGACGCCCACCCCAGACUCUCGGGGACAGCACUGUGAGCAGGGGCAGCUCAGCCCCACCCCAGCAUCCUGCCGGGAGCCCUGGGUGGAGAGGACGCCUGCCCUAUCUGUCCCCAUUCUCUGGCAUGAGCGUCCUGAUCUCUUAAAGACAAACAUAGUCUUCACAUCUGACGGAGGAUAGAUCUGGAACUAGGGGUCCUGGGGGUAGGGAGACAGCCAUUUUCCGCCCUCGGCUUUAAUAAAAACCAGCUGCACUGAAAUGCCUAUUGUGGAGGUUUUCCUUUGGCUGCAGCCUGGGUGCUGUGUCCAGAGUUGCCAAUACUGGUCUGGGCAAGCCCACCGGGGCCCACCUCCCCUCUGCAGCCCUGAGGCCUUUGCAGAGGGGGCCCUGCACCUGUCUGCACCCACAGGGAGCUCAGCAGUCUGUCCUCCCCAAUGAUCCCAGGCAGCCCCCUGACCCAUUUAAAACCCCAGGGGACCCCACACAGCCCACAGCCUAGAGCCCUUCC